CCGUCCCCCCUCUCUCUUUCUCUCUCCCCUCUUCUUCUUCUCUCUCUCCCCUGUUCAAGGUUAUUACCCCGUCCCUCUGCAUUCCCCACUGUCACACUCCACUCACCCCUGCACACGCCAUUUCCCCGUACCCCUCAUCUCCUCAAAAUUACAACCACUAUUCCCAAAAAUCUCUCUCUCUCUCUCUCUAUAAAUCCCACGCACCAAGGGUUUUCCUAUACCCAUCUUGUAUUCUGGCUCUCCCAACCAUGGAAGCAUUCAGCCUCCUCAAGUACUGGCGCACCACCACCGGCGGCGGCGCCACCGCUAACCUCCGCGCAUCCACCCCCACUACAACCACAACCAUUUCCACUGCCAUCUCUCACUCCACGGCAGAAACCGACGACGACGAAGAAGAAAACGGACCCUUCUUCGACUUGGAGUUCGCCGUCCCCGACGAAGAUCCCGACGGCGAGGAUCACGACAAGCAGAAAACAACGGACGGCCUAGAUGAAGAGAGAGAGGACGAGGAGGGGGAUAGUGAUGGUACGGAGGGUGAGAAUGAUGCGAGAGGAGGAGAAGAAGAAGAAGGGGAGUUCAAGUUCACGCUGGAGCCGUCGGACGACUUGUUCUUUAACGGGAAUUUGGUGCCGGUGGAGCCAUCGUCGAUCGACGACGGUUCCGGGCAAAUCGCGAAGCCCCAGUUCUCGCUGUUGAAAUCGGCGAGCAAGUUUGGAGUGCUGAUGUUGAAGCUGAAGAAAUCGAAGCAGCCGAAUUCGGGCGAGAGAACGGAGCCCGACGCGGCCUCUGUUUGUUUAACGAAGCAGAGUGAGAAAGAAGCGGAGGCUCAGACCCAGAAGCAGAAACCGAGUGAGAAAGAAGCUGAGGCUCAGACCCAGAAGCAGAAACCGAGUCAGAGCAAGCUGUUCACGGUGAAGUUCAAGGUAGAAGAAGUGCCGAUUGUGUCAUUGUUCACUAGGGACAACAGCUCCCGAGCAUCCUCCGGAACCAUUAACAACAACAAGUCUCAGAAGAAAGAGACCUCGGACGAGUCGGGUCCGGACGAGAAGCGGGUUUCCAAAGACGGGGUGCAGAAGUACCUGAAAAUGGUGAAGCCGCUGUACAUUCGGGUGUCGAAACGGCACGGCGAGAAACCGUCCGCGGGGUUUUCCGGGCAGCUGAGCGUGCAAUCUCCUGCCCGCCCGGAGGCUCUGAAAUCGGAGAAAACCGAGGCGGUGCUGAAGUCGGAGCCUCCCGCGGCGGCGGCGGCGGCCGCCGCAUCGUGCGAGGAGAAGAGUGGGAAGCAGGGGAAGUUGCUGCUGCCUGCGGGGCUGAGGGUGGUGUGCAAGCAUUUGGGGAAGAGCCGGUCGGCGUCGUCCGCGGCGGUGGCGGCGGCCCCCGUCUCGGGGGCGACGGUGAAGCAGGGGAGACGGAGGGAUGAUUCGCUGUUGGAGCAGCAGGAUGGGAUUCAAAGCGCUAUUUUGCAUUGCAAGAGAUCGUUCAACCUUUCUAGGGAUUUGGAGUCGACUCUGUUUCCCCGGUCCGUGAGCGAUCCAUCGCUGAAGAAUCCAUCAAAUUAAAGCGGGAAAAGUUGAAGAGGAAGAGUGAAAGGCAGAUAAUGGAAUCUGCAAUCUCAUCAUUUCUCCAUUAUCUUUCGAUGUGUAGGGACUAGAGAGUGAACUGGCCAAACAAGGGCAACGAGGAAGAAGAAAAACGGAUUUAUCAGUUCUAAGCUUUUUUCCUCUGUAAAUUUUCCCUGUGGGAGGAAAAAUCGGAAGAUAGUAGUAGUAGCACUAGUCGUAGUGAUGUAGAAUUAUGACCUCAUUAAUUGCCUGUGUAAAGGUUAGUAUUGUAUUUAUUUAAUGCCGGUAAAUAUGUUAUUAUGCCUAGUUUAGUUGGAUCAAACUGUGGAAUUUGUUUCACAUCGGUUAAUUAUUACAUCGAAAAUUAGUAUGUA